UCUAAACAAAAUUUGAAUUUAAACAAUCAAACAUUGUCUAAUAGUCAAUUAUCCCCUUUGGAUGCCUCCAUCUCUAAUUCACAUGAAUUUUCAAAAAAAUCGAAUAUCAAAGAAAAUUUAUUAAUUUCAUUUUCGUUGAAUCCAACAAAAAGUGAUUUAUUACCUGCCUCGAAUAGUGCUGAGAAAUUAAGUUGGAAAUUUUUCGAACAAGUCGAUUCACUUGAUAAUCAGCUAAGAAGUGAUGUGUCUUCGCCUCCUUCUGCUCUCUUAAAUGGUUCAGCACUUUUCUUAACCUCUCCUACAACUAAAGAUAUUUCUACAUCCUCUCUAGCCUCUGCUACUAAUGACGUCAAUUUGAUUGUGGCAAAUAAACUGAAUGCAUUAGGAAUGCAUUCGAAUCAUCAUCAACAGCAACAACAACACACCACCCAGACAUUGCCUCAAGGCUGUAAUCGUCUUCGCCUCCUUCUGCUCUCUUAAAUGGUUCAGCACUUUUCUUAACCUCUCCUACAACUAAAGAUAUUUCUACAUCCUCUCUAGCCUCUGCUACUAAUGACGUCAAUUUGAUUGUGGCAAAUAAACUGAAUGCAUUAGGAAUGCAUUCGAAUCAUCAUCAACAGCAACAACAACACACCACCCAGACAUUGCCUCAAGGCUGUAAUCGACUAAUGCAACAACAAAUGCUAACACAACCUCGGCAACAACUGCAGCAACAGCAAAUGAUUUGAAUUUCUUGCCACAACUAAGGCUGACACCACAAACUCAAGGAACAGAACAGCCUGCAACAACAUUUGUAUUUACAUCGCCGACUUCCACAUUCAAACGUAAGAAGCAACAGCAAUUGUUAAAAGAAGAACAGGAAGUUGAACAACAAAGGCAAAAACAGCAACAACAACAACUGCAACAGGAGCAUUAUAACAAUAACU